AUGAGACAACAACUGAGUGAAGCUGCUGGUGGCGCCUGUCCCACUGAACCUGCCAUCUGGCAAAGAUUACAGGACUCUGCUUCCAAAUACCCUGAUAGGCUUGCAGUAGCUAGCCUUCAUCAGCCGUCAGAUCUCUACAAUGUCUCCAAUGAUACAUCGAAGCAUGACUACCUGCGCUGGUCAUAUGCAGAGCUUCAUGUUGCUGUUGAUAGAUUUGCCUCUUCGCUUUGGCGUCUAGGUGCGAGAUCCGGAAUGGCACUGGCGACAAUCUUGGAUAACCGAGUCGAGUUCAUUAUUAUCUCUUGGGCUGCUCAUAAACUUGGAUUAACUCUGGUUCCCAUCAACCCACGAACGCUAGACCACCCUGAUGAAGCAGACCAUAUGCUCAGCAAGGCAGGAGUCGCUAUUGUCGUCGUGCAAGAUGCCGACAAAGGUGACCUACUCAAGUCCCAGCACAAAAUCAACAUCUUUGUCACAGGUACACCAUUAAAUGGAUCUUGGACUUCCUUCUCAGCCCUAGUAGACCACGAAGUCAAGAUAGAAACGACCAGAGAGAAACAGAUGCCUCAGAGCCCGGUACUUGUUCUUUUUACAAGUGGCACCACCUCAAAGCCCAAGGGCGUGCCACAUACUGACACAACACUCAACGCCUUCUGUCAGAACCUUGGCCUUGGAGGAGUCUCUGAAACUAAUGUGUUUUGUUCUGUCCUACCCAAUAAUCAUGCCAUGGGGUGUUUCUUUCCUCUUCAUUUCAUGAUGCAUGGGGGCGCUGUCGUAUUCCCUAGCCCUACCUUUGAUGCAUCAGAAACGGCAAAAGCCCUUGAGACAGAGAGCGUCACUCACUUUGCAUGUGUUCCUACUGUACUUUCAGCCCUUGUCGAGGUUCUGGAAUCACGAAGCACCAUUUUCCGCUCAAACUUGCAAGACACUUGCCUAUCUGGGGCAUCUGUGACACCCCAGCAUAUCCGACAAGCUUUCACUACGCUUGAUAGUAAAGGGGUUUCGACAGGAUUCGGCAUGACUGAAGGAAGUCCUAUCUGGGCUUCUCCUAAAAACAAGCCAGAUGAUCUGAUCGUUGGGAAUUUAUCUAUUUCUGGCUCUGUCUCACCAGGUGCCCGUGUUCGAAUUUGCGCACCCGACACCCAGACGCCUCUGCCAGUAGGUCAAAUUGGAGAAAUCCAUGAGACUGGGCCUGGCACAAUUACGUCUUACCUUGACAAAGAAGAGGCUUCCGACAAAUUCUACAAGGAUGAGCAAGGGAGAACAUGGUUCGUGACAGGUGAUGAGGGUGUUAUGUACGCAGACGGGCGAUUCAGCGUCACAGGGAGAUACAAGGACAUGAUCAUUCGGGGAGGCGAAAACAUUUCUCCAGCAGUUAUCGAAGGUGUUAUAAGCCAGCAUUGUAACAUUCAGGGUUAUGUGGUGGGUGUACUUGAUGACAUUGCAGGGGAAGUUCCGGUACUUGUACUCCCAGACAAAGGACUUGAGCUUUCAUCAACUAUCCGCGACCUCAUUCACCGCCACCUCGGUCCUGCGUUCGUGCCAGAACGCAUCUUGACGCUCAGCCAUCUUGGAAUCGAAAAGGUUCCAGUAACCUCAUCUCGCAAAAUCCAGAAAUCGCAGCUUUCGUCCAUAGUUCGUGAGUUCCUUAGCCGCGAGGAAGAGGCGCCAGAACAAACCUCCGAAUCUCAACUUCGAAAUCCGGUCCUUGCUGCUUACGCCAAAGCCACCAAUAUCUCGGCUGAUACCCUGGAAACAACAGCAGAGGUAUCUCAAUUUACAGACAGUAUCACCUUAAUGAGAGUUAGAGCCUACCUGCGAAAGAACACAGGCCUCGUUUUGACUGCAAAAGAAAUGUCCCAGCAUCCAACUAUUGAGUCUCAGAUUGAGUUACUUCAAGAACGGACUCCUUAUCAAAGGUUCGAUCCGCCAAAGGAGCUAGUUUUUAGAGGGCCUCCAAAGUUGGAUGAACUAGAGCUAUUAGUUGGAGAUGUUGAUGAGGCUCAAAAUAUGGUUUCGAAGAUCUCCAAGGUAUUGGAGAACAAGGGCUUUAGUUGGUCUCAGGUAUCAGACGUCAUUCCCAUGAAUGAUUCCCUACAGGUUCUGCAAGACACGGGUUUUCUGGACACCUGCAAUUUUUCCAUUGCCGUUCAGACAGAUUCAUCAAGCGUUCAGGAUCUUCGUUCGGCACUACAGAAAACCCUACCCUAUCACCCAAUUCUAACCUCUUUCGUUGUCGUCGACAGCAGGGACAAGGCAUACUAUGUGACACUGAAAGUCCAAGAUCAUCUGUGGGAUUCUUAUCUCAUCGAUGGGGGAUCAGUUGAUACUAUAGAUCAAUUUCAACAAAUGGCUGUUGACUUUCACCAGCCCGACCUGUCAGCCAGGCCUGGGCCUUUGUUUUCUUGCCUCCUCACCCGCAUUGAAGAGACUGGUUCAGCUGGAAUGAUAGUUUAUGUGCAUCACGUUGUGCAAGAUGCUUCAUCAUUUCGACUCUUUUUUGAGGAUCUGGAUCAAUCGCUCAAGAAUACCCGUGCCAGAAUCAUUCCACACAAAGACUUCAAAGCCUGGGCAGAUUCUUACCACUCUCUGAGACACUCGCCAGCUGCAACAAAAAGUGUCAGAUUCCACGUGCAGCGAUUGUCCAAUUUAUACAACCACAAAGCCGCCGUGUAUCCCCCGGCAAGGGUUCCUCGACAAAUCAUCACUGAGAGUCCCGAUGGCUUAGACCACAGUUUCGACGCACCUGGUCUAGUGCAGAUGAGAGAGGAGAAUCCUCAAAUCUCAGCAGCUGUCGUGCUUAAAGCAGCCAUGGCCCUGGUCAACGUACAGCGGACAGGGCUUAGCCAUUCCAUCUACUUCAACUUUGAAGCCGGUAGGGGCCAGUUUCCUUUUCUAGCGGAUGCACUCCAGGCUUUGAAUCCAGAUACGUUUGAGUCUGCAGAUGUCAAUGGGCCACUUCUACAACAUGUCUGCAACUUGAUAGAGGUGCCGCGCGACGAGACUGCCAUGAUAUUCCUCAAUCGCUUGCAAGAAGAUCAAGUCAGUCUCACAGCUAAUGCGCAUGCUCCAAUGAGGCGCAUAAUCGAGGAACUCGAUGCUGAAGGCAAUGGUAGUGGUAAGAUUUUCUUGGACGCUUUGAGUACUCAAUUCCUUACGUGGGUUCCUGGCUUGCUCGGCGAGCACGAAAAGAUACAGGUAGGCAAGAUUGGAAUCAGAUGUGCGGCGGGGCUUGUUGUUGUUGCAUCUAUAGGAGGACCAGCCGCUACAACUUACAUGCUAUCUAUGCGGUGGGAUGUCGCAAACUAUUCGCGUCAGGAAACAAAGGCCUUUACACAAGAUCUUCAGUCGGCUGUUUUAUGGCUUACCGCAACUUCAAAUCAGCAUCGCCCAAUAAGAGAGUUCCUGGAGGUCAUUGAUUGUAAGUAA